AUGGGCGUGAUGAAUCUUUUGGCGUCCAGCCUGUUACUGGUGGCUUCGGUUCAAGCCCAGAGCACUGCUCCGGCAUGGGGACAAUGUGGAGGGCAGAAUUGGACCGGCGCAACUUCUUGCGUGAGCGGAUACACUUGCUCAGUCUUGAACCCUUACUACAGCCAGUGUAUCCCGGGAUCAAGCACACCAACAACCACAUCGGCCAGAGCCUCAAGCACACCAGCCGUAACUGGCACCAGUACCCGUGCUACGACGACUUUUGUGACAGUGACGACAACAGCAGCUGGAGGCGGCGGUUCCGUCCCCACGACCCUUGUCUCGGGUUGGUACUGGAUUCGUGCGGUCGCCUCGCCAAACUACCACAGCUACCUUCAAGCCAAGCCCACGGGCACGCCCAGCAAGGCCUAUCUCGAUUCGCCCAGCACCGCCGGUCAGUUCAAGAUUGAGGAUGGUCAACUGGUUCACCUCACUGGCUCGUCUUCGCUGUACCUCAACGUCGAGAACCCUGCAGACAAAACCCAGCGGAAGCUCGAGACGUGGUUCGCGACCACCAAGAACACGUACGGCACGUUCGCCUUCCAGGGCGAUACACUUACAUGGAGCACUCCGGAUAUCAAACGCCCUAACCUGGCUGCCUGGCUUGUCUGCGAGAACCAGGAAGUGUUCAUCAACACGGGCGCUUACUUGUACCAGACGCCGGCAGGGUGUUACGAUCAGACUAUACACUCUUAUGGAGGCUCAACCGCAGAUCUUUAA